UCUUCAAUGUUUACGUUGGUUCUCGCAGUGUAGCCUCGCAGCCGUGUGAGCAGAUCUCAAGCUGAUUUUCACAAUGACUCAGCGCUUUCUUGAGCUCGAUCGUUAGCGUCGAAUUGUUGCCUUCUAUACUGACUGGCUCAGUGACGAGCUGCGGUGCCUUGUUUUAAGUCAUCGAUAAAAUGGGGAAGAAUGACCUGCCUCUGUCUCCACCUCCAGUGGAUAUCAGUGAUGAUGAGCUGGUCACCAUCUCUGUGAGAGACCUUAACAGACAACUAAAACUGCGCGGUCUCAACCGGGAGGAUAUUGUGAAGAUGAAACAGAGGAGGCGAACUCUGAAAAAUCGUGGAUAUGCUGCCAGUUGCCGUGUUAAGCGCAUUGAGCAAGUAGGGGACUUGGAGUCUGAGAAGACAGAUGAACAGCGCGAGAUGGAGAAGAUGGCCUCCGACAACACCAGCAUGCGCAUUGAGAUUGAUAAAGUCUAUCAGUACUAUGAAGCCCUCAAAACUUUUGCCUACCAGAACUCUAUCCCUCUGCCAGCCGAGCUUGAAACUCUCUGAAGCAUCAGUUAAUUCCUGAUGCAUUUCACUGCUCCAACUCUCCUGUUGUCCUUCAUUCUCAAUACAUUUUUCAUGUUAACUUACAUGUGGUAAAUCGUUAGUUCGUUGUAAAAUUAUUCACAUAUUUGGACUGAAAUUUUGACACAGUUUAUGGUAUUUUUUUUCAAGUUUCGAACUCAAAAUUGAAUCUUCAGUUAAUAUUCUGCCAUCCAAGUGAUAACUUUUCACAAAUAUAAGCGAAUUCCUUAAUAUAUGUAGUCAUUGCUGAUAUCAUGUUAUGAUGAUCAUGCAUUCUAAGAUUUUCCUUAGCUGUAAUAGGAUAACAUGCUUGGGCCCUUAAUCUAGAUAAACUUUCAGUUAAACUCUCACUGCUUUUUAAGCUACUGCUCUUUUCGUGACUGAAUUUUUUGGUACAAAUUAGGAUCAAUUAUUUUAUAAGGCCAAUUA